GGCGGGCGCUAGGGCCGCAGCGCUCGAAGGCGAUCAGGACGAGCAUAUUGGAAGGCGCCAAGAGGCCCCAGCCCUGCAGGACCCGAAGCAGGCGGGAGGCGGCGGCAUCGCUGCUUGUGGCGGGAUUGGAAGGCGCCAGCUGCGGGCCGAGCAAGAGUCCGGCGCAGCAGAGGUCGGCCACGGCCAGGUGCGCCAGCAGGAAGUCCGCCUUCUUCCGGCGCUGCUCCCUUUGGCAGCCACAGCAGCAGCGAAGCCGAUGCAGCAGGAGCCCGUUGCCUAGCAACGCCAGCAACAAAAUGGCCGCCGCUGUGGAGACCCACGCGGGGUGGGCUACGGUGGCCCAGAAGGGGGCGGCGCUGGCGGAGGAGAGGUUCCCCGGCUGCUCCUUCGCGGUGGGCUCCGGCCAGGACAGGCCCUCGGGCUCGGUCAUGGCUCUUCCUCGGGGCAAGGAAAGCAAAGGCAGGAAGGCAAAGUCCUUCUGAAUGAAAGAAAUCCUGUCGGUCUGCAGGAACUCGCGCUCUCUCAGCUUCAGAAGAAGGCAAAGAAUGAAUGAAGACAGCUCAGCCAAAACAUUUACAGAGAAGACGAGCAGCCCAGUUUGUGUCGGAACAGAAGAUGAUCUGAAAAAACAACGAAAAACCAUGGUUACUGUCCAUGGCAGAGAGGUUGUUGUUUUCUGUCACGCUGGAAGGUUUUAUGCUAUGGACUGCCGUUGUUAUCAUGCAGGAGGUCCUUUACAUCUUGGAGAAAUAGAGGAUAUCAAUGGACAGGCAUGCAUUGUUUGUCCCUGGCACAAGUACAAAAUAACUUUGGCUACUGGUGAAGGACUGUAUCAAGCAGUAAACCCGAGAGAGCCGUCUUCAUCUCCAAAAUGGCGAUCAAAAGGAGUAAAGCAAAGGACUCAUAGUGUUGCUGUUGAGGGUGGAAAUGUUUAUGUAACUCUUUCAGAUUUAGACUGUCGCAAAGAGUCUGAUUAUUAUGCAGACAAGUUUAAUAAGAGGAUAAAUUAUCCUGUGAAAAAGUGAUGUCUUCUGUUUUUCUUAAUAAGUUGUGUUUAAAUAAAACGGCCUUAAUAAAUUAUAUUAAAUA